AAAACAACAAGAAAGAAAGAAGAUCUUUGUCGCUAAUUUUGAAUGACGGCACGGCUGAGAAAGAGAUGCUUGGCAAGACAAACAAAAGACCAUAAAGAUGCCGAAGUGUGUUACUGUCGGAACCAAAGUAGUGACGGUGGAGAGUUGUCCUUGAGAAGGAAAGGAAGAUCCUUUAUCUAUGGUUAAAUGUCUCCUCUUUUUAAGCUUAUAUCCUUGUUGUUUAAGAUUGAUUUCACCGGUGCAUAAAAUGUCAAGUGUCGCCAAUGACUAGGAGAAAAAUUAUUAAAGAGGUAGGGAAGUAGCAAAUAAGACUCUGACACAGACAUUUUGUUGAUAAAAACGAUGCUGUACUUGUCUUAAUGAAAACAAAAGUAAAUGAUAUGAACUCCUUAUAGUUCAAAAUAUGUAGAUUGAAAGGGUGGAAGCGGUGAAGGAUUACAAGUCAAAUCGGGAAAUGUUAAAUGACAACCUGAUAAAGUAGUACCAGAAGAAUGAUACCAAGUGUUGGUGAGGCUGGGUCGUUUGGGUCUCCACCCUGAAUAUUUAAUACAUUUCUGACAAGCUACGUUUUACUAGAGAAGCAGUAGUAAUAAUUUAUCAGGAGGGAUUCAAAUCCGAAUGGGUUUUGUCCAAAUCUACAAAUAAUUAAACCUUCUCAGUUCUCGGUAAGCUUCAGUGGCCAUAAAAAAGGUUUUGACUUGAAAACCACUGAGGUGUGGUCAUUUUCAAGCUGGAUCUCCUCCCGCAGCGUAACACUACGGCACUGUUCCACUCACACCGACUGCCUUAAGUCUUUGUUCAUGCCAAUUCUUAUCCGUCCAUCCACCCACAAUUCACCAAAAUGCCGCUCUUCUCUCACCGCUCUCCUCCCCAAUCCUUCCUUCUACUCCUCCUCCAAACGCUCAGGCCUUCGAAGCCCAUUUCAACCCUUUCGUCGACUCGCACUUCCCUGCCCCUUAGCUUUUCACUCCUCUGCCUCUUCAUCGGCCUCUCCGGAACACUCUUCGCCAUCUCCGCCAUCCGCCGCCGUCAACCCUUACCCGUCUUCCGAUGCGGCAAAUCUGAGGACACCUUCCGAGCGUUUUACUCUUCCUCUGUUUCUGGAAAGCUCGGCGAUGAUAACGAAGGCUUUGUUGAUCGCCCCAAGCUUCUCGGCUUCGUGGGCAUCCAAACCGGGUUCGAAUCAGGUGAUCGACGGGAUGCCCUUCGGAGCACCUGGUUUCCCUCCGACCCAGAUGGUCUUUUAAGGUUGGAGCAAGCUACGGGUCUAAGUUUCAGGUUUGUUAUAGGGAAAUCGAAAGAUGUGAAGAAAAUGGCAAAGCUUGAGAAAGAGAUUGAAAAGUACAGAGAUUUUAUGCUUAUAGAUGUUGAGGAAGAGUAUCAUAGGCUUCCUUACAAAACAUUGGCGUUCUUCAAAGCAGCUUUUAGACUUUUUGAAGCAGAUUAUUAUGUCAAAGCUGAUGAUGACAUUUAUUUGCGUCCAGAUCGGCUUGCAACUCUUCUUGCUAAGGAACGAAGCCAUUCUCUGACUUACAUUGGGUGCAUGAAGAAGGGACCUGUCAUCACUGACCCUAAAUUGAAAUGGUAUGAGAAAUCAGGACAUCUGAUAGGAAAUGAGUAUUUCUUGCAUGCUUAUGGUCCUAUAUAUGUUCUCUCUGCAGAGGUGGUGGCUUCCUUGGCAGCUGCUAGGAAUAACAGUUUGAGAAUGUUCAACAAUGAGGAUGUCACUAUUGGAUCAUGGAUGCUAGCUAUGAAUGUGCAUCAUGAAGAUAACCGAGCGAUAUGUGAUCCUCGAUGUACACCUACAUCAAUAGCAGUCUGGGAUAUUCCAAAAUGCUCAGGUUUAUGCAAUCCAGCUAGCAGACUGAAGGAUCUUCAUAAGAUAGGUAUGUGCUCCAAAAGCCCAACAUUGCCUCCUGAUGACAGAUGAUACCUGGCUUGAAUUUAGCCGGGAUGUCAAUCCAGCAAGGCGGGUUGGUUUCUUAAAGCAACCUCCUGGUGUGGUAAUUGUCGUUUGUUCUUGCUAAACUUGUUGAAGCAUUCUGUUCUUUCCCCACAUGCCGUGAUGAGGCUAUCAGAAAUGAGAAAACCCCCCAUAAUGAAAUAUAUACAUUAUAGGUCCUAUCAGACAAUAUGUAAAGAUAGCUGUGCUGGAGAAGCAUACACGACUAAUGAACCUUCUGAAGGAGAUUAGACCUUGGAGAUGAAGCAGAAGUUUGUAUUCACUCGAUCAUAGGUUUCUUUGAGGCACAAAUAUCAUCCCUAAUGUGCUCAAGUCGCUGUAUACUGUACAUGUUGUAAUUGUUUUACUCACCCAUGAAAAUCAGAGUAUUCAGCUGCCAAUUUCUUUUACCAUGUUUUCAACUCAUAUCUAUUUCUAGGGGAGACAAAUUCCACAAAGGAAAGUGAUGUGGUAGUAAGCAAGUAUUUGUGUAGAUGAAUGUGGUUGCACGGGUGGGUAAAAUCCCUUGGAAGGAGCAAGACAAAUGUUAUUUGCAUGUAUCUUUUUUUUUUUCUCUGGAACAGCAUUUGCACAUAUC